AUGAGGUUACUCUUUCUUCUUCUGCUGGUGGCCGUAUGCGCAAACUGUGGGAUUUUCGAUGGUUUCGGUCAGAAAAUAAAAGACGCAUUCGGGAAGAUCAAAACGGCCCUGAACACCACUGCUCUUAACAGAAUUCAUGAGAAGUUCAAAAAGUUUGGAGAAAAACUCAGGGACAAGCUAACGCUGUCUCCAGAACGAAAAGCACGACUACACGCGUUAUUGAAGAGAAUAGUUAACAUAAAAAAAGAUCACGUGUCGAAGGAUGGCGAUUCAAUCGUGGAGAUUAAUCACAAAUCCAAAGUUGGAGAACUGUUGUUCCAAAGCGACAUUGCUCUAACAGAAUCGCAGGCCGAAGAAAUCUUAGAAGGUGUUAUAGAAGAAGUGGAAGGAAACCGCACAAAACGUCAGGCCUUCCGUGACUUUAGGUAUCCUCGAACACUGUGGUCAGAUGGAGUGAACUACUUCUUCGAUCCUAAUACAGAUCCUGAAAUACGAAGAAUCUUCAGAAAAGGUGUAGAAUUAUGGGAGAAGGAUACAUGUAUUGAUUUCCGAAUGAACAGCAGAGCUCGGAAUCGUAUUCGGCUGUUCAGGGAAAAUGGAUGUUGGUCUUAUGUUGGCAAUCUGAACCGUCUGCAAGAUUUAUCUCUAGGGCGAGGGUGUGAAUCGGUGGCAAUCGCUGCACACGAAAUCGGGCAUGCGCUUGGUUUCUUCCACACGCAAUCAAGGCACGAUCGAGACGAGUUCAUCACAUUCAACCCACAUAAUGUCAAGCCGGACUGGCUGGAUCAGUUCACUAAGGAAACUACAAAAACAAAUGACAACUAUGGAAUAACAUACGACUAUGGAAGUAUUAUGCACUACGGAACUACCAGCGCUUCCAUGAAUGGUAAGCCCACAAUGGUUCCAAACGACCCCAAAUACUCAGAAACUCUUGGUUCGCCUUUUAUAUCUUUCUACGAACUUCUCAUGCUGAACAAACAUUACGGAUGCUUAGAAAAAUGUGACCCGGACACAUCUGCAAAAUGUGAGAUGGGUGGCUUCCCCCAUCCUCGAGACUGUUCCAAAUGCAUUUGCCCUAGCGGCUAUGGAGGCCGGCUAUGUAACGAAAGGCCCGCUGGAUGUGGAACUGAGCUCGAAGCAACAGCCGAGUAUAAAACCCUUUUCGAUGAAGUUGGAGAUGAAAAAGCGGGACAGCGACCAAGAGAAGAUAUGACUACUUGCAGCUAUUGGAUUAAGGCCCCAGUUGGAUCAAGGAUUGAAGUGAAAAUCGCGGAUCUUUCACGCGGUCUCGCUGUGGAUGGAUGCUCCUACUGGGGAGUGGAAAUUAAGACCCAUGCUGAUCAACGCCUCACUGGCUACAGGUUCUGCGCUCCAGAAGAUGUUGGAGUUACACUGGUGUCAAACUAUCACAUUGUUCCAAUAAUAACUUACAACAGAUUUUAUGCAACCCAAGUCAAAUUACAGUAUCGUAUCGUAUCUGGUGGUUAUGAUGUUGUUUCAACGCCCCUGCCAGAGGUGCCUACGUCUGCGCCAGUGAAGCCAAACCCUAAUUGCACUGACAGACCCGAGUGCCCUGGGCUCAUAGCGAGGAGGAAUCUCUGUAACCUUUCCUAUGUAAAAACAGAACUAAAACGUAGACUUUGUCCCGUAUCAUGUGGGCUAUGCUAA